AUGGACGAUCCGAAGGCCAUGCCUGGUCAUGGUGUCACCCACGAGGAGGGCCCAUUGAAGCCCACUACGCAAAACAUCAUGACCGAGUCACGAAUGCAGGCGGCUCUGCUAAGAGAGAACCCUCCCGUCUUCCGGAAGAGUUUCCUCAAGCUUUACGGCUGUAUCUUCGUCGGAUACCUCUGCUCGGCUACUAAUGGCUUUGACUCUAAUACAUUCGGAGGACUUUCUGCAAUCCCGCAGUUCACGAAGUAUUUUGGCAUCACUACUCAGAAUCAAGGUCUUGUCGCCGCUCUUUACGUCAUCGGGAACAUCGCCGGGUCGCUUUUCGCGGGUCCAUGCUCGGAUACAUACGGUCGGCGAGUUGGAAUGGCCCUCGGAUCAGCCAUCUGCGUGAUUGCCGCUGCGAUCCAGACCGCUGGGACAAACUUGUCGUUCCUUAUGGGCGGUCGUUUCCUGCUUGGCAUGGGAGCCGUCCUCGUGCAGACAGCUGGGCCCAGCUAUGUCGUCGAAAUGUCAUACCCGAAAUGGCGGGCUCAACUUACCGGCGGCUACCAAGCAUGUUUCUUCCUCGGUACAAUCGUGUCGACUUGGCUGGAGUACGGCCUGAACCACAUCAAGACGGAUCUUGCCUAUCCCUGGAGACUACCACUUGCAAUUCAAGGCCUUCCCUCUGUCAUUAUUCUCUGCACUAUCUGGUUCAUUCCCGAAAGCCCUCGAUGGUACGUUGGCCAAGGUCGCGAGGCUGACGCCAAGGCCGUUCUUGUCAAGUAUCACGGAGAUGGAGACCCGGAGUCACUGGUUGUGAACUUGGAACUACAGGAGAUGCUGGAAGUCAUUGAGCUCGACGGUUCGGACAAGAGGUGGUGGGACUACCGGUGCCUCUUUAACUCUCCAGCUGCGCGAUAUCGAACAUUCCUGGUGACCUGCAUCUCCUGGUUCGGUGAACUCGAUCUACCUCCCACAAGCUAUUACUUUCCCUUGAUGGUGAAAACGGUCGGAAUCACCAGCGUCAACACACAGCUGCUGCUCAACGCGAUCCAGACGCCGGUCAUGGCCAUUGCAGCUCUUGUCGGCCUCAAUGUGAUGCACAAGUUUGGCCGCCGUAAGCUCUUGAUGACUUCAAGCGCCGGCAUGACCAUCUCCAUGGCCAUCAUCACGGCCUGCACUGCGCAGCAAGCGGGCAAGCCGGCGGUCGGUGGAACCGGCAUUGCCUUUCUCUAUGUCUUUCUCGUCAUGUUUGCGUUCGCUUGGACUCCCAUGCAAUCCCUCUAUCCCGUCGAAGUGCUCUCGUUCAACAGUCGCGCCAAGGGCAUGGCCUACCUCGCCUUCAUGAACAACGCGGUCAAGGUCAUGAACACAUACGUCCCGCCCAUUGCCAUUACGAACUCUGGGUGGAAAUACUAUCUUCUCUACGUCUUCUGGAAUGCAUUUGGGAUUGUCGUCAUCUACUUUACGUUCAUCGAGACCCGUGGGUGGAGCUUGGAAGAAAUCGAGGAGCUGUUCCACUCAAAACACCCGGUAAAGGCCAGCCUGGAAAAGAAAAAGAUCAGUGUCGCUCACGAUGGCACCAUCACCGAAGUAGUCGGGAAAACAACAGCGGAACCCUAA